AAAGUAUGAUAUAUAUAUAUAUAGAUUACAGUAAAUUAUGUGGAAAAGAUAACAUUGUUACUUAAAUGGCUUUGGUUUUUCGACGUGAUCCAUGCGGAAUAUUGUGUAUCCUUGUAACAUACAUCACACUUUUAUAUGCUGACUAUUGCAUUGUUACACAUGUCAUUUUGCCAACACUGUCUGAUACGUUAUGGGGAAGUUUACAUGUACUUAUAUUCAAUUUUCUAUUAUUUUUGAUCAUUUAUUCGCAUUUGAAGGCUUCACUAGGUGACCCUGGAUGUGUACCCUUUCCAGAAGUAGCAGUGGAUUUUUCUGAAGCAAGAAGGUCUAGCAGAAAACGAAAGGAUGUGACAAACGAUGAUUGGACAAUGUGCAAGUUUUGUGAAAUGUAUCGUCCACCUCGAUCUCAUCAUUGCAGAGUGUGUCAACGUUGUAUCAAAAGAAUGGACCAUCAUUGUCCAUGGAUAAAUAACUGUGUUGGUGAAGAAAACCAGAAAUUUUUCUUGCUUUUUUGUUUUUACACAGGUAUAUCAUGUUUAUAUAGUAUCGUCUUAACAGUUUGUCGAUGGUCGCAUGCAUGUAUUGAGUGCACUCGUAACCAACGUCAAAAUAGAAGAAUUCAUUCAAUUGUUUUAAUAUUAUUAUGUGGUUUUUAUUGCAUUUUUGUUCUGUGUAUACUCUUCGACCAGUUAUCUGGUAUCUUCAAAGACGUCACGACUAUUGAACAGGUACAGAAGAAAAUGGCACGUCCACCAAAAUCAAAAUUAGCUUUAUUAACAGAUGUUUGCGGGAGAGGAUCGUAUUAUAAAUGGUUUAUACCAUGGCUAUCUCCGAAAUUUGAUAAUGAUGAUGUAGUAAAAACUUUUCCCGUAUGACAUGAUAACUAAAUAUUUGCACUGUUAAAUUUUUUUAAUAUUUAUGAGAAUUAACUUUUAUAUUAUUAAUUUAAACGAUACACGUUUUUUUUAUGGACAACGCCAUUUUUGUGGUCAGGCUUUUUGGCCCUCAAGUAGCUUAGCUGGUUGCUAAGAACCCAAUUUUCUUAGCGGCAUUGAGACUUUUUUUUAUGACUAUUAUACCUUUAGGAAUGGAACUCUUCGUAUAUACCUUAUUUGUACUAAUUUUCGCGCGUAUUAAAUAUUCGCGAAGCCGGACGGAUUUUUUUUCGCGCGUAAUAAUUUUCGCGCAAUAGUUGAAAAGUUUUUUCGCGCGUAUUUUUGCGCAUGCGAAAUUUUCUUGAAUUUAAAAUUUGCAUUGACCACUUUGAAAAGAUCGAUUACAUAUUAUUAAUUUCGUAUGAGUGACUAAAUAUUGACUUUUUGGAAUUAUUUUGCUGGCGAAAACUAUAAAAGUUAUGUCAUAAUAUAAGAUCAAUGUUUUAAAAUGCCACAAGUAAGCGUACAAGAACAACGCAAGAGAAUGAAGACGACAGAAUCGUGGUUUUGAAUUAAGUCAAUGGUGUUAGAGCAAACACUAUGCCGUGUUUGUAAAUAUGAUCUGUCUGAAUUAUGCAUUUAAAUUCUUCUUUAACGAUUUUACUUGGGGAAAAAGAAUCAUAAAUUCUUUUUUUUAUUUUUUGGAGAAAAGAAUUAACUUCUGCGCGUAUUAAUUUUCGCGCACCACCCUUUUAAACCUAAAUUCUGCACUAAUUUUCGCGCAAAAACAGAAAUGCGCGAAAAAUUAGUACGAAUAAAGUAAGUCAACAUAAACAAAAUUUUCUCCGAAACACGCCUUAGUGCUGUUAUAUUGACACAGGAAAACGUUUUCCACGGUCAACAAAGAGAAGGUUUCUUAGUGAUGAAAAGGUGUUCAAAGAAUGGAUGUAAACAAGUUGCUUUGUUUUUAUCCCAAGUUUAAGCCUAGACCUUUACGAAUGGGUUGUUUAUAAAAAUACGUUAUUUUAUAACUGUUAAGUUUUUUGAAAAUGUUCAUAUUUCUUAUGUUUUGUUAAAUUUUAUUAAUUUUUGUUUUGUUCAUUUUGUACGUCUUUGUCAUGCACGAUCAUUUGAUGCACCUGAACCCACACCAGCUAACGCUAUACGCCCUCUAAAGCGUAUUUUAGGUUAAGCUUUGCUAUUUCAUUUAUUUAUUCUUCAAAAAUAUCUUGUUAAGGUUCUUAGAGGUGACAUGGAUUGACUAUAUUUGCA